ACUUAAAUCUCUUCUCUUCUUCCUUCUUUCUGAAAACUCUGAUACGCCCAUGCAAUAACGUAAUAACGGCCAUGACUACUGUUCGGAAGCUCAUAGUGGAAGUGGUUGAAGCCCAUAAUCUCCAACCCAAGGAUGGGCACGGCACUUCGAGCCCUUACGUUGUUGUUGAUUUCUAUGGCCAACGGAAACGAACCCAAACGGUGCAUCGUGACCUGAACCCUACAUGGAAUGAUAGGUUGGAAUUCACCGUGGGAGGCCCAUCUGAUGUGCUCGGUGAUAUGCUUGAACUUGAUGUCUACCAUGAUCGCCGCAUUGGACCUAGCCGGAGAAACAAUUUCUUGGGUCGGAUCCGGUUGAACUCCAGUCAGUUUGUUCGGAAAGGUGAGGAGGCAUUGAUUUUCUUUCCCUUGGAGAAGAAGAAUUUCUUCAGUUGGAUUCAAGGUGAGAUUGGUUUGAGGAUUUAUUACGUCGAUGAGGUGGUCCCUCCGCCGACUCCUCCGCCACCUGCGGUGGAGGAAGUAAAGGAUGAGAAAGAGAAAGAGAAAGAGCAACCACCAGAAGCGCCUGCAGUAUCUGAACCACCACCGCCGUCUGGGGAGCCAGCAGCACCGGAGGAAGAGAAAAAAACUGAUACUGAUACUACAUCAGCGAAGCCACCAUCAGAACCCAGCCCCGCGCCCCCUGCAGAAGCAGCACCACCAGUAGAGGAACCUGCACCACCACCACCACUGGAAAACAUCCCUGAAGCAGCGAAGGAGCCAGAACCUGAAGUAAGUGAAAAUCCGGUGGACCCACCACCAGAACCCACGCCUCCUGAUACUGAAAACGAGGCGAAUCCCCCCGAAGUGGUCCCAUCGCCUGAAGUAAGGUUGCAGACCGUAUCCAUCCCUGAAUCUAAACUUGCCGGAAUCAAUCCUGCCCGACCGAUCUACCGGCAACCAAUGCCGGAUAAUCUGAAUUUCUCGUCGGAUCUGUCAGAGAGGAUUUCAAACGAGCGGUCCACUUACGAUCUGGUGGAGAAGAUGCACUACCUGUUCGUCCGAGUCGUCAAGGCUCGAUACCUACCCACCAAAGGCAGCCCGGUCGUGGAGAUCGCCGUUUCUAGCAAUCAGGUACGAACCAAGCCGGCCCGGAAAAGCAACUUCUUCGAGUGGGACCAGACUUUCGCCUUCGGCCGCGAAUCGCCCGAGUUAGCCUCCACGUUGGAUGUCUCCGUGUUGGACGUUCCGUCGUCGUCCUCCAACUCUGACCCCACUGAUGACGUGGUAGGGAAAUUCCUCGGAGGUGUUUGCUUCGACGUUACGGAGAUCCCGUUGCGGGACCCACCAGAUAGCCCAUUGGCUCCGCAAUGGUACAGGUUGGAAGGAAAUGGAUCCCGCAAUGGCGAUCUAAUGCUAGCAACGUGGAUCGGCACCCAAGCUGAUGAAUCCUUCUCCGACGCGUGGAAAACUGAUACAGCUGGCAACAUCAGUUCACGUUCCAAGAUCUACCUCUCCCCGAAGCUUUGGUACCUAAGAGCAACGGUCAUCGAAGCCCAAGACAUUCUACCCGUAACGGCGUUACGGGAAUCCAGCUUUUUAGUCAAGGCUCAUUUGGGUUUCCAGGUACUCCAGACGAAAAUCUCCGUCAGCCGUAACGGAUCGCCGUCAUGGAACGAAGAUCUCAUUUUUGUCGCUGCUGAGCCUUUUGGUGAUCAUCUGGUUUUCUCUCUGGAAAACCAAAACCGCCAAUCAAAGGAAUCGCCUGUUUUGGGGAUUGCCAGAAUACCACUAGCGACAAUCGAACGUCGCGUGGAUGACCGGAAAGUGUUAUCACGGUGGUUUGGCCUAGAAGAUGCCGUGGAUGAGAAGAAGAUUUACAAGGGGCGUAUCCACCUCCGCCUGUGCUUCGAUGGAGGGUAUCACGUGAUGGACGAAGCUGCUCACGUGUGCAGCGAUUUCCGUCCGACAGCAAGGCAGCUCUGGAAACCCCCCGUUGGUACGGUGGAGCUUGGUAUCAUCGGAUGCAAGAAUCUUCUUCCCAUGAAGACCAUCAACGGUAAGGGAUCCACGGAUGCUUAUUCCGUAGCCAAGUACGGUCAGAAGUGGGUGCGGACGCGUACGGUCGCAGACAAUUUGGAUCCUAAGUGGAACGAGCAGUACACGUGGAAGGUUUACGAUCCUUGUACGGUGCUCACAUUAGGAGUGUUUGACAGCUGGGGAGUCUACGAGAUGGACGGUUCUAAAGAUCCCGCCAUGGUUCGACCUGAUUUCCGUAUCGGCAAGGCUCGGAUACGUAUCUCGACGUUGGAGACGGGUCGGGUGUAUAGAAAUACGUAUCCAUUGCUCCUGCUGUCACCUACAGGGGUGAAGAAGAUGGGAGACAUAGAGAUCGCUGUACGGUUCGUCCGUGCGGUUCCCACGCUUGAUCUGCUGCAAGUGUACACGCAGCCAAUGAUGCCGUCAAUGCACCACAUCAAACCACUGGGAGUGUUUCAACAAGAAAUGUUACGGAAUGCAGCUUCGAAGAUCGUGGCUCAACACUUGUCAAGAUCAGAACCGCCAGUGAGGCGUGAGGUGGUAUUAUACAUGCUCGAUGUCGAUUCACACGCUUUCUGCAUGAGGAAGGUACGUGCGAAUUGGUACCGGAUCAUCAACGUCAUCGCUGGACUGAUCGAUAUGGUCCGAUGGGUGGAGGAUACACGUACAUGGAAGAACCCAACGGCUACGCUGCUCGUGCAUGCAUUGUUGGUGAUGCUGGUUUGGUUCCCGGAUCUAAUAUUCCCCACGCUUGCAUUCUAUGUGUUUGUGAUCGGUGCAUGGAACUAUAGGCUCCGGGUACGGGACCCACUGCCUCACCUUUGUCCAAAGAUCUCACAGGCGGAUGCAGUUGAUCGGGACGAACUGGAUGAGGAGUUUGAUACAGUGCCAAGUAGCAGAUCAGCGGAAGUGGUACGUGCGAGAUAUGAUAAGUUACGGACGCUAGGUGCGAGGGUGCAGACGUUAUUGGGUGACUUGGCGACGCAGGGAGAGAGGUUACAGGCGCUGGUGACGUGGAGGGAUCCACGGGCGACGGGGAUAUUUGUGGGGUUGUGCUUUGUGGUGGCGGUGUUAAUGUAUUUGGUACCUACGAAGAUGGUAGCAAUGGCGACGGGGUUCUAUUAUCUACGCCAUCCAAUGUUCCGAGAUCGGAUGCCCCCGCCGGCAUUGAAUUUCUUCAGGAGGCUUCCUGCGCUGUCUGAUCGUAUCAUGUAGGGUGAAUAGGAGCAAGGCAUGUGGUCUAUUAAAAAAGUUGCACUUGUAGGUACUAGAUCAA